AUGCAUUCACAAAGGGGGGUGAACGAUGAAGACAAGGGCAUCCCUUCUGAAUUAUCAGAAGCACUCGCGAGCCCGACCUACUCUCUCGAGGACUUGAGCCCGCCGCGCUACAAGGACGAAGAAGACUCGGAACGCGCCCGGCGAGCCCAGGCCCAAGCCCGAGUACGAGCCCGAACCAGCGGCGAUUAUGGCGAUCUAGAGCUGGGCAGUGUACCAUUACUACCGGCUGGCCAUCCAGAUGAGCUCCGCGAUUUGGAUGACUCGGACUCGGACUUUUUCGACUAUGAGGAGCAAAGCGCACAUCGUGAUGACCCGCCGCUGUCCUGUACCCUUGCCGGCUUUCACUCCUGGCUGCGUGGGCCGGUCCCGCCGCAUGUUUACCAUAUCAAGCCUUGGUUUCCGCGAUGGCAGGCUGCACCGUCGCGUCUAGUUGAGCGGUGGGCUCCGCGACAGGGCGUGAAGAUCGCAUUGCUCGCUGGCGGUUUGAUUAUCUGGAUUGCCGUGUUCUUUGCUUCACUGCAAGCUUCCGUGGCCGGUCAGGAAAUCCCGGGAUAUGGACGGCCAGUGAAGCUGUCGUGUCACCAUCGUCUAUGGACCAAUGCGACAGACUGUGGUCUGAAUGGAGAUCUUUGUCUCCCAUUUGAUGAGCAGUCGUUUGCUUUCAGCUGCCCAGCAGGCUGUUCCACUGCUAUUCUCCUAGAACCGUACGAUAUUGGCAGCACGUCGUACAACUAUCGACCGCUUGUCAUUGGCGGGAAACCCUUCCGAAUGGACGGUCGCAAUAGUGGAUUGUAUCGCGGCGACUCCUCGAUUUGUGCAUCAGCACUACAUGCCGGGCUGAUCAGCGAUGCAAAAGGUGGCUGUGGCAUUCUGCAUCGUCGUGGAGAGCGGGACAACUUCCAGAACUACACCAAGAAUGGCAUCGAGAGUAUCUCUUUUAAGCAGUCGUUCCCAAUGUCUUUCAUGUUGACACGACAGGUGUCUUCAUCAGGGUCCGGCGAGGCGAAGCUGGUAGAAUGCUCCGAUAUCCGCUGGUCGCUGUUUGCUUUCACCGUGUUCGUCACGGCCAUUUUUUCAAUGACCGUUACUUCGGCACCGAUCUUUUACAGCAUCACGUUCUUCAUAGUCUGGUUUCAGGUCGCCAUGGCAUCUGACCCGCCAGGCUCGCGGGGCUUCUAUGGCUUGUUACAAGUCGGCAUAGGCCGAUUCCUCCCCGGUGCUUUCGUGGGCUUUGCCUUAUACUACUUUUGUAUACGCAAGACCCUUGUCAAUCUCGAGGCACACGCAGAUAAAACUAUCCUAUGGCUGGGAGGCUGCUGGGUCGGUGCCUUGAACAGCGAUACCUUCGACCGUAUCCCCAUCUCCCGCCUCACACCCCACGAUCUUCAACAACAACCCGGCGCCAUCACGGCCCUAAUCAUCAUUAUCAGCAUUCUCAUCGUGACCACCCUCAUCCAGGCACAUUGCUUCCGCCGGGAGGGCCGUCUGCUAUCCAUGCUACGCCUGUACUGUAUCAUGCUCGUCGGCAUCGUCGUGCUCGUCCUAGUACCUAACAUGAACCUCCGCAUCCACCAUUACAUCCUUGCCCUCCUCCUCAUCCCAGGCACCACACUCCAAACCCGACCCAGCCUCCUAUUCCAGGGCAUAAUGCUUGGCCUAUUCAUCAACGGCAUCGCUCGCUGGGGCUUCGAUUCUGUCCUUCAAACACCGGCCUCCCUACUUGAAGGUGGCCGUCUGGGUACUACCCCACCGCCCAUGAAUCCACCGCAUAUCGAGGACCGGAGCCGCCUUAUCUUCUCGUUCCCUGAAGUUCCAUCACAUGUCGAUGGUAUAAGCGUGAUUGUCAACGACGUGCUGCGGUAUCAGGGGUUCAAGUCGAAAGAUACGGACUCCGUGCCGGACUUUGCUUGGUCGCGACGACGCAACAACCAAGAGGAGUACUUCCGGCUCGGGUAUGUCCAUAUGAAUGCUUUGGGUGGUGUUUGGUAUGAGGAUUUCUCGGCGCCCUCGACGUGGGCUCUUGAUGGCAACUUUUACUAUCCGGGAUAG